AUGACACCUCUUCAUUACGCGUCUGGUAGCCAAGGAAUUAAAGACGUCCAUCUUCUGGCACGUAGAGGGGCAAACGUCAAUGCAAAGGGAGUAGAUGGUAUUGUUCCGCUACCGGUAUAUAUUGCAGCGGCUUAUGGACAGGAGGAUAUUGUCCAGGUACUGUUAUCAAGUGGCGCCUGCGUGAAUAGUCAAAAUACCGAAGGGGCGAGUGACUUCAUUUGGUAG